AUGGCAACUGCUCAAGAUAUCCGUCCUCGUAUGGACGACCUGGCUGCUCAGGCCCAGUACUUCUCGACCUCCCCCAACGCCUCUUUCCACUCCCCCUCCAGUCACGGCUCAGCACUCACCCGGACAAUUCCUCUGCCCAAUGCGAAGCAUUUGAAGCCCUUCGCCACCGAGGACAUCAAGGUUCUGCUCCUCGAGAAUGUCAACCAGACCGGCCGGGAAAUCCUGAAGCAGCAGGGCUAUCAGGUCGAGUUCCUGAAGUCCUCGCUUCCCGAGGAUCAGCUCAUUGAGAAGAUCCGGGACGUGCAUGUCAUCGGUAUCCGUUCGAAAACCAAGCUCUCCGCCCGCAUCCUCAAGGAGGCUAAGAACCUCAUCGUCAUCGGUUGCUUCUGCAUCGGAACCAACCAGGUGGAUCUUCAGUAUGCUGCUGACCACGGUAUUGCUGUCUUCAACUCUCCUUUCAGCAACUCCCGCAGUGUUGCCGAGUUGGUCAUCGGUGAAAUCAUCUGUCUGGCGCGCCAGCUGGGCGAUCGCUCAAAUGAGAUGCACAACGGUACCUGGAAUAAGGUUAGCAAUGGAUGCUGGGAAAUCCGCGGCAAGACCCUUGGUAUUAUUGGAUACGGUCACAUUGGUGCUCAGCUCUCCGUUCUGGCCGAGUCGAUGGGUAUGUCAGUGAUCUUCUUUGAUGUGAUCAACUUGAUGGCCCUGGGUACGGCCCGCCAGGUUGAGACAAUGGAAGAACUUCUGGGUCAGUCCGAUUUCGUGACUUGCCAUGUUCCCGAGCUUGCCGAGACCAAGGGCAUGAUUGGCACAAAGCAAUUCGAGCAGAUGAAGAAGGGCAGCUACCUGAUCAACGCCAGCCGUGGAACUGUUGUCGAUAUCCCCGCUCUGAUCGACGCCAUGCGCAGCGGUAAGGUUGCCGGUGCCGCUCUGGACGUGUACCCGAACGAGCCAGCUGGAAAUGGUGACUACUUCAACAACGACCUGAACACCUGGGGUGCAGAUCUGCGCUCGCUGAAGAACCUGAUUCUCACCCCUCACAUCGGCGGAAGUACCGAGGAGGCUCAGAGCGCUAUUGGUGUCGAGGUCGCUCAGGCUCUGACUCGAUAUGUCAACGAGGGUACCACUCUUGGUGCCGUUAACCUGCCCGAGGUUGCUCUCCGUUCAUUGACCAUGGAAGAGCCCAACCACGCUCGUGUUGUCUUCAUUCACAAGAACAUUCCCGGUGUGCUGCGCAAGGUCAAUGAGAUUAUCGGAGACCACAACGUCGACAAGCAGAUGACUGAUAGCAGAGGUGAUGUUGCCUACCUGAUGGCAGAUAUCAGCAACGUCGACACGACCACUAUCAAAGAAUUGUACACCAGCCUCGAAAGCCUUCCUUCCCGCAUCAUGACUCGCAUCUUGUACUAG